UACUUGGAUUAAAAUUACAUUUUGGUAAUAAUCGUUUUCGUUUUGUGUCAGACAUUAGUUGUAGCUUUGAUACUUGGUGUUUUGGAUUGUACACAUUGGCCUGGUGUAAAAAGACACCAUGCCACCAAAGAAGAAAAAGGAAGUUGAAAAGCCACCUUUAAUAUUGGGACGACUGGGCACAUCAUUGAAGAUAGGAAUAGUUGGGUUGCCAAAUGUCGGAAAAUCCACUUUUUUUAAUGUCCUAACUAAAAGCGAGGCUUCUGCUGAAAACUUCCCGUUUUGUACGAUUGAUCCCAAUGAGAGCAGAGUUCCAGUUCCUGAUGAAAGAUGGGAGUUUCUCUGCAAAUACCACAAGCCUGCUAGCAAGGUUCCGGCUUUUCUCUCAGUGGUUGAUAUUGCUGGAUUAGUGAAAGGUGCAAAUGAAGGUCAGGGUCUUGGAAAUGCUUUUCUUUCCCAUAUCAGUGGAUGUGAUGCAAUAUUUCACAUGACUCGUGCUUUUGAUGAUGCAGAGGUUGUCCAUGUUGAAGGAGAUGUAAAUCCUGUUCGUGAUUUGGAAAUUAUUCAAGAAGAACUUCGUCUGAAGGAUGUGGAGCACCUAACCAAGAGAUUAGCUGAACUUGAGAAGGUCUACAGUCGAGGUGGUGAGAAAAAGUACAAACUUGAGUUUGAGACGCUUAGUAAGAUCAAGACUUUGUUGGUGGAUGAGAAGAAACCUGUAAGAGAUGGGGAGUGGGGAGGAAAAGAAAUCGAAGUCCUUAACGAACAUCUUUUUCUAACCUCUAAACCACAGAUUUAUCUCGUAAACUUGAGUGAGAAGGAUUACAUCCGGAAAAAGAACAAAUGGCUGAUGAAGAUUAAAACCUGGGUUACUGAGAAUGAUUCUUCAGCGAUCCUAAUCCCAUUUUCGGGAGCGUUUGAACUCAAGUUAGCUGAAAUGGCUGACGAUGCUGAACGGAAGGCUUACCUGGAGGAACAGUACAAGGAUUCGGUCGGGUCAGCUCUUAGCAAGAUUGUGGUAACCGGGUUUAAAUGCCUUGGUCUGCAGUACUUCUUCACUGCAGGCGCGGACGAGGUCAAAGCGUGGACGAUCAAAACCGGCUUUCUCGCCCCUCAAGCUGCUGGGAGGAUCCACACCGAUUUUGAGAAAGGCUUCAUUAUGGCAGAGGUUAUGAAAUUCUCUGAUUUUAAAGAGCUUGGCUCGGAGUCUGCAGUUAAAUCAGCCGGUAAGUAUCGCCAACAAGGAAGAAAUUACAUUGUAGAAGAUGGGGACAUCAUCUUUUUCAAGUUUAACACGCCCUCGCAGCCAAAGAAAAAAUGACGUGCCAACCAUGAAAAGUUCCAACUGUUGUGGCCUUAUACUCUGUCUGUAAUCACAGCAUAUUAAGGCAACUAUCAGUUUUACUUCAUUUUAUGAGGUCUCCAGGUUUCGGUCGUCGCUUUCUUUCGUGAAUUGGUGAUGUAGUUUGCUCUUUUAAAUGAUAAUGCAUGUUGUUGCUGCUAGAAGCGGUUUAAACCGGUCUGCACUCUCUGGGUUAAAAAUAAUAAAUUACAAUUGAGUUUGUGCUGGUA